GCAGCUGGGGCGCGGACGCGGCAACUCCCCACGAGGGCCCGAACCGCUGCGUCGGACCUCAGGGGCAGCCUGCCGCACUCCCCCCCCCGAACGCCGCCUCCGCGCGCGCCGCCGGCAUCUGGAGCGCUCCGUCACGCUCGAGAACUCCGAUGCCGCGAACGACUGCGAGAGCCACCUGUCCCGGCACACGAGGCAGCGGGGCAAGGGGCGCCCGACGCACGAGAAGAUCGAGCACGCGAUCGAGCAGGACAGCAUCUGCGCGAACUUGGAGCAGGCCGAGCGCGCGCAGAUCAUCGAGAGCAUGAAGUACCUGACCUUCGAGGACGGGGACCUCAUCGUCAUGCAGGGCAAGCCCGGGAACACCUUCUUCGCGAUACACGAGGGCAAGGCGGACGUCUUCAUAGACGGCCAGGCGAUCAACACCCUGUCGGAGGGCAGCGCCUUCGGGGGCCUCGCGCUCGUCUGCGCGUGCCCGCGCACGGCGACGCUGCGCGCCAGCGGGAGGUGCGCCGUGUGGGCCGCCCACGGCGACGUCUUCCGCGACGUGCUGCGAAAGCACGCCAAGAAGAGGCUCGCAGAGAACCGGAAGUUCAUCGACUGCAUGCACAUGUUCGACGGGCUGCAGCCCCGGCAGAAGGACCGCCUGGGCGACCUCUUCUUCACCAAAGUCUUCGAGGGCGGGAAGCAGGUGCUGCAGGAGGGCGGCAGCGUCGCGGCCAUCUACUUCGUGAAGCGCGGCUCGCUGUCCUGCCGCUCGCUCGUGCCCGGGGCCCGCGCCAGCCGGCAGCUGGGGCCCGGGGACUGCUUCGGGGAGCAGGCGCUCGUGGAGAGCACCAAGCCGGACGAAAUCGUGGAGACUCUGGAGCGCUGCGAACUGUUAGGCAUCAGCGUGGAGGCGCUCAAGGAGGCGCUGGGGGCAGAUGUGGGGCCCAAGUUGCAGCGGGAGUUCAUCAUGAGAGGCUUCAGAAGCUCGCCGGCAUUCUCCCUCUUCUCUUCCACGCAGCACCAGGCCAUGAUAGAGGAGAUCGCGUUCAAGGACUACGCCCCCGGCAGCCUCAUCGACAGCGGCCUGCGCUGCGGGGUGGUGAUAAGCGGCGCGGUCACUGGCGGCGGCCCGUCCGCCGUGCGGCUCGGCCGCGGCGGCUGGUUCGAGGACGGCUCCUACGUCUCGAGGCCCGGCGACGGGCAGCAGAGCAUGCUCCGGCGGCAGCAGUCCGCGUCCUCCGCGUACGUCGUCAUGGGCGGCGAGGAGUCGGGGACGCUGCAGGAC